GGCGGCAGCCGGGGCCGCACCGGGCUCGCCAUGGACUACUCCUACCUCAACUCCUACGAGUCCUGCGUGGCCGCCAUGGAGGCGAGCUACGAGUUCAGCCCCUGCAGCCAGGCGGGCUCCUUCCAGUACAGCCCCAUGCGGGGGGGCUUCGGGCCUGCGCCCGCCUGCGCCCCCCUCGCCUCCGCCAGCUGCGCCCUGGGUGCCCUCCGCGACCACCAACCCUCGCCCUACUCGGCAGUUCCCUACAAAUUCUUCUCGGACCCGUCGGGGAUCAACGAGAAGCGGAAGCAGCGGCGGAUCCGGACAACAUUCACCAGCUCCCAGCUGAAGGAGCUGGAGAGGGUCUUUGCCGAGACUCACUACCCCGACAUCUACACCCGAGAGGAACUGGCCCUCAAGAUCGACCUCACGGAGGCACGGGUGCAGGUGUGGUUCCAGAACCGUCGAGCCAAAUUCCGCAAGCAGGAGCGCGCGGCCAAUGCCAAGGGUGCCAGCGGCACCGGCAGCACCGGGAAGAAGUCGGAGCCACGCUCCUCCUCAGAAGACGACGAAUCCAAGGAAUCCAACUGCAGCCCGACUCCAGACAGCACGGCGUCCCUGCCUGCUGCUGCCAUCGGCAGCCCCGGCGGCAGCCUGAGCCCCAGCCCUGGCGCGGGGGCACCCCUGGGACCCGGCCAUGCCCCCCAGCCCCUCAAGGCACCCCUCUGGGCAGGGGUGGGGGGUGGCAGCGGUGCCCCCAACACGGCCGAGCUGCUGAAGGCCUGGCAGCCCACCGAGGCUGUGCCAGGACCCUUCUCCGGUGUCCUCUCCUCCUUCCAUCGGAAACCAAACGGCAUCAAGACAAACCUCUUCUGAUCGCUGAGUCACCGGAUCCGGCUGCCCCCCAGACCCCCCCUCGACCCCCACCCUGCACCCUCCACCCACCGCCCCCACCACGGACCCAGCCACGAUGCUUCAGCAAACGGGGAGAGGGAGCAGGGACCCCCCCGCCACCUCCCGGACCCGGCGCUCAUGGGGCGGACCCGGAGUGGGGGCAGCUCCCACCGACACCCGUGGGUGCUGUGGGACCAUGGGGGUGCAAGACGGGGAACACCCCCCACGCUCAGCCAGCGUGCCCCCGGCAGAGCCUUUGGGUCUGGGGGCUCCCGGUGCACUCCAGGGGUGGGGGCAGAUGUGGGGCUCCCCACAGCACUGUGGGUGCUCUCGCCCCAGGAGACGUCCCCCUCAAUGGUCUGUGCCGCUGGGCUGGGGGCGAGGAAGCACUUUAUGGGGGGCCUCUGGGGUUCACGGGCUGGGCAGUGCCGGGGACUCCGGUAUGGAGACGCCCCUUGGCGUGGGGAGGAGUUGAUGUCACCCAGAUCCUGCCUGCUGACAUGGACUCCCCCCAGCAGCGCCCUGGCAGGAGGAACACACACCCCCACCCGCGGAGACUGUGGGGAGUAAACGCAGGGCUGGGGUUCAGCACUCGCAGGGCUGGGGUUCAGCACUCGCCUGCAUUGCUGCAGGCGUUGCCAGUGGGGACAGGGCAAGAACUGUCGGGAGUGAGGUGGCCCCUCGAGGGGGGUGCUGUGGGAUGGAGCCCCUGGCGCAGCCGGUGGGAUAUCUGGGAGCAGCCAUGGCCCUUGCCAGCAGCAGGCUGGGUGCUCCCACUGAAACGGGCACGGCUGCAGCUGGGUCCCCCACACAACCCCGUGACUCCCACAGGGCUCCUGAAGCAGGGGGUGCUGGUGGGCCCCUCGUGCCCAGCCACCCACUACACCCGUGCUGCUCUGCUGGUGGGUUUCGUGGCAUGGUGAGGAUGCUGGCAGCCCAUCCAUCGAUCCCUGUUCCCCCUGUAUCCCUCCCAGCUCCCCCGAGGUGGGGUCCCCACUUUUCUUUCGUUUUUUUAACCAUUCUGUAAUUUAUUACCCAUGUUUGCAAAUGCCACUAAUCCAAAUUAAACUUAAUUUAUUGACACUGCUGCUGGCCCUCAGCCCUUGUUGCACCCCACCCUCAACAGGGGUUGCAGGGGUGGGGGGGCUGCAUAGUCCCCACCCCUGGACCCUCUGAAACCCACCAGAACCCCCCAAGUGAUGCCACACACCCCCAGCACCUCAGGGAUUAUUUUCAGUGUCCCCCACCCAAAGACCCCAAGCAGCUGUAGGAAGCUGAAGGGGCACCCCCUGGGAAGCCCCCUCAAGUGGGACGAGGAGUGCCCCACACAACCCCCCUGGCCUCUCGGGGCCCUUUGCAGGGAGGGGGGGUGAUGAAGAAGGUCUUGUGGGCAUUGGGACGGUGAAAGGAGCACGCCAGGCUAUUUGGGGAGUGGUCUGAGGUACCCAAGAUGGGCAAGAAGGGGACAAGGGACCUGGUCCCCACCUUGCUGGGACCAGUACAGCCAGCUUGGAGGGGUCACAGAUUAUGCUGGGACCCAGUAUUUCCCCCUGGGUUCCCCAUCUUGCCCCCCUCCCCAGAACCUUCUCCACCUCGCCAUGCUGACAGCUUCACCACACCCAUUGCAUGAACAUGAUAAAAAUCACUCCAGAUUUACCAAACACCUCCAAACACAGGAGCUGGGGGUUUAGUGGGGGGAAGUUCACGCUAAACACCCCAGUAACAGAGGGGGGAUGUUGGGGUAUGCCAGGGGCGCCUGGCCCUUCCUUCAUCUCAGCCGGAGUGAGGGGUUGGGGAGUCUGGGGGUAGCAUCACCCCCAUGCUCCCUGAGGACAUGGAGAGCCUGGAGGGAGCAUCCCAGUGGGGAAAGCACAGUGGGAGGACCCCUAUCCUGGGGACUCCCACCCUGGGGACCCUCCUGGAAGGACACUUGGCAAGGCUGGGGGCUGAGCACCCACAGGGAGACCCAGCUGCCAGCCCCGCUGUCCCCAAGGGCAACAGAAACCCCCGUGGGGGGACAGACUCAGCAAGCACCUAAUGGGCAAACUGGCUGGGAGUGGGGGAGAUGCCCCGGAGGCACUGGUGGUGUGGGGUGGGCUGUGGGGGAAGGCACUGAUCUGGCUCUGCUGUGACAGGAUUCCCAGGCUGGGGAUGGGACAGACCCAGCACGGGGACAGGCACUCCCAGAGUGGGGACGGGGGCCCUGUCAUGUGGGAAUGGGACCCCCAGGGUGGGGAAAGGGACUCCAGGAGUAGGGACGGAAUCCCCAAUACGGGAACAGGACCCCCUGUUCCAGGUCCAGGGGUGGGGACUAUGCAGGGGGAUGGAACCUCUGGGUGGGAUGGACCCUCAGGGUGGGGGAGGGACCCCUGGGAAUGAGGACUGCACCCCCAAGGUGGGGACAGCAACCCCAGGGUGGGAACAGAAACCACUAUAAUGGGGAUGGGACCCCCAGGAAUGGUGAGAGGGACUCCUGUGGUGGAGACAGGGAUACCUGGGGUGGAGAUAGAACCCCCAGAGAUGGGGACAGGGACCCAUGGAGUGAGUAUAGGAAUCCCCAGGGGUGGGGACAGCACAUCCAGAGCAGGGAGGGGAAUCAUCAAAGUUGGGGUAGAACCCCUGGUGUGCAGAUAUGAGGUCCAGGGGUGGGGACAGGAUCCUCUGGAGCUGGGACAGGAACCUACAGCAAGGGAAUGGGACCACCAGGGAUGGUGACAGAAACCCCUUGGGUGGGGAUGGGGAUUUUCCAGGGUGGGAGUGGGACAUCCAUCUUGGGGACAGGGACCCUCAGGGGGACAGGUGCCCUGGGGUGGGGACAGGGAUGCCCAGGGUGGAGACAGUAACCUUCACAGUGGGGAUGGGACAUUCAGGGUGGGACAGAAUCCUCAGAGUUGGGGAUAGGGACCCUGAGCUGGGCCUAGUGUUGUCUAUGGAGGCUGACGGAGCCAUCCCAUCCCAUCCCAUCCCAUCCCAUCCCAUCCCAUCCCAUCCCAUCCCAUCCCAGGCAUCAUGAAGGCACUUGGGGUGGAAACAUGACUUUGCUCAGAGCCUCCUCCUCCUAGCUGUGAGUGUCAUGGGGGAGCCAGGAUCCCAAAGGUUACCCCCAAACACCUCUUCCCCCACCCCCUCUCCCAAUAAA